AUGAUCGCGAUUUGUGUUUGCGAUAUGUUGGCCCUUUUCUCGUGUAUGCUCGAAUAUCUGUUCAAGGACUAUGAAGCCAGGCCCGAUGUGAAUUGUUUCCGUGAUAAUUCAAAACAAUGGUGGAUUAAAGGAAUGCUAUGGUAUUCUGAAGGAAUCCAAAAGUUUGGAAGAUUGUGUGCAGCUGUUCUGGCACUGGCCAUGACUUUUCUACGGACCUUUUCAGUGAUGUAUCCCAUGAAUUCAUUGGCAAAUACAAUGGCUAAAUUGAAAUCUGCAUUUUUCAUAACUUCGAUUUGUAUUUUUAUUUGUGGAGCAUGGUAUGCUCAGUUCUAUUUAAGUGGGAGUCUCAUUGCAGGUGUUGGCACUGGCACUAGAGAUUCCGCAUUUUUCACCACAUGUGAAGGCUAUAUCACUUUGAUUAUAAACAUCACAUAUUUAAUUCUGACUAUUGUUUUCAUUGUAGCAUUGAAAAAAGUCAAAAACCGACGCAAGAAUCUGAGAACUGACAAACCUGAUAACACUUUAAACUUGGUCGUUGCAAUGUCAACAUCUUAUCUGAUUGCUGGAUUUGCCUAUAGUGCUGUAUUCUUGGCAAUGGAUGGACCUUUUGAGAUGGAUAAUGCAUGGAUGUGGUUUCGGAUUCAACUUCUCUUCAUGCUACGCCAACUGCCAAAAGGUCUCCUGGCAGUUCAUUCAUUCGCACAUGCCUUUAUAUGCUUCUCUAUGUCUUCACAGUAUAGAGAAACAGUUUUGAGAUUUUUCCAGAAAAAGAAGCAUGACGUUGUUGUGGAAGCUUCAAAGACAGGUUCUCGAGUUGCAAGAACUCUCAACUCUUCACAAGACACUUCCAAGAAGAAUUUUUAA